AUGUUCUUCACCAAGAGCGAUGCAAGUACUGCGUUUGUGCAAAGGAAGAUAUAUGAGGAGCAUUGUCGGUUGCAUCGAGAACAUAUGGCCUAUGAUGUUGACACCCUUUUGGCUGCGCUUCAAGCUUCCUUUAUAUACAUCAUAGUACAAGGAGAAGGGACAUCGUCUCUUACUUGUCACAUGCAACAUAAUGGGGUGGUGCGUUCCAUCCUAAACAAUUGUGUUGAUAUAGGAAAACAACUACAUCAACUCUCUGAUUAUGAGUCAACCCUUGAAAUUUCUGGCGAUAUUCGCCAAAUGCGCUCGAAUUGGGUGCUAAAGGAGAGUAUCAAGAGAUCAUAUUGUCUCCUGUACGGAAUUGAAUUACUCUCUGGAAUCCCCGCCGUUACUGCAGAAAGCCGUCGAUCUGAAUGUCGACAUGGAUAUACGCGCGUACCAUUACCAUCGUCCCGGGAUCUAUGGUCAAGUGCAUCAAACCAGGAGUGGGCGAGACAAUAUAAACAGUUUUGCGGCACCAAGUCGCAAGAAAAUGUUUUGAGGAUUCAGGAUUUAGUGUCUUCGCUACAGUCCUCGGUAGUAGAUGACGGGACGGCACUGUCUCUGGACGCUCAUAAAGAUAUAUCUGAAUGGUGUGAGAGGUUAGAUGAGUUUGGGAUGUUGGUCUGGAUGGCUACCAUGUUAGAACAGGGAUUAUAG